GAAAUCUAAAAUAGAGAAUUGCAAAGAUAACAUGAAUUGGAUGCAUUAAUAGAAAAACAUUAAUAAUUGUUAAAUCUGUACCUCAAAAUCCAAAUAAAUAUUACAAAGAAAUCAAUUAGAAAUUGGAUAAAAUUAAAGGAAAGUAGAUCCAUUAGUUAAGAAAAUUUGAUUAUGUACAACUUGAAUAUCCUUUCCUGGACAUCUGUUAGCAAGAGGAGUCUCUAGGAUGAUCUAACUCAUUCUGAAAAAUUAACUGAAUUUUUAAUUGACGAUUUACUAUUCGAAUUGGUAGAUAUACUGGAUACUUUGGAGAUGAAGAAGAUGGAAGAAGAAAGAUAGGGGUAUGAGUAAAUGGCAUUGUGUGAUUACAUAGAAGCUGUUAAAGAUAUUGCUUUAGAUUAAGACAAAGUUGAAUAGAAUUUCUAAAAAACUAGAUAACAAUUUAUGAGAGAUAGUAUAUAAUCAUAAUAUUUAAAUAGCUAGACUUGAUUAAAAAUGUACCAGUUGAAUUAUUGGGCAGAGAUUAGUAAUAUUAUGUAAAUCCUAUGGAUCGUUCGCGAUCAAAAGAUUUGUCAUGUAGAUUCAUCAUUAAAAUUAUGGAAGAUAGAAAAAAAAGAAUAUAAUACAUUACUUAAGAUAAAUAGUAUUAUCCUAAGAAUAUUGAGUAAUUGAUUUCGUAAAUUAUUUACUUAUUCAAAUUAGAUAACAGAAAAUAUACUGGAAGAAAUGAUAUGGGAAAGAGC